UCACCUGCCCCGCCAACCAAAAACCUCUAAUAACUCCUAACGAACUCCACCUAACUCCUUCCCUCGGGCUCAUAAACAUUUGGUAUAGGCUUCAUAGGCAUAUCUAAGAUAUCGCGAGUCAAUAUGGCCCAAAGAACCACUCUCAAGGAGUUCGAGGCCGUCUUCCCGAAGCUCGAGGAGGUGCUUCUGGACUACGCCAAGAAGUACAACCUCCCGGAGAAAGAGCUGGACUGGUAUAAGAGGAGUCUCGAAAUCAAUACCAUGGGCGGAAAGUGCAAUCGGGGCAUGUCGGUGCCCGACUCGGUGUCGCUCCUCCUCGGGGCCCCCCUUACCGAGGAACAGUACUUCCUCGCCGCCACGCUGGGCUGGAUGACGGAGCUGCUCCAGGCCUUCUUCCUCGUGUCCGACGACAUCAUGGAUAGCAGCAUCACGCGCCGCGGCAAGCCGUGCUGGUACCGCCAUGAGGGCGUGGGCAUGGUGGCCAUCAACGACGCAUUCAUGCUCGAGGCCGGCAUCUACACCCUCCUGAAGAAGUACUUCCGCCAGCACCCCAGCUACGUCGACCUUCUCGAGCUCUUCCACGAGGUCACGUAUCAGACCGAGAUUGGCCAGCUGUGCGACCUGCUCACCGCCCCGGAGGACGUGAUCAACCUGGACAACUUUAGCAUGGAGAAGUACCGCUUCAUCGUCAUCUACAAGACGGCCUACUACAGCUUCUACCUGCCCGUGGCCCUCGCGCUGCACCAGCUCAACAUCGCAACGCCCAAGAACCUCAAGCAGGCCGAGGACAUCCUCAUCCCCCUCGGCGAGUACUUCCAGAUCCAGGACGACUACCUCGACAACUUUGGCUUGCCGGAACACAUUGGCAAGAUCGGGACCGACAUCAUGGACAACAAGUGCUCAUGGCUGGUGAACCAGGCCCUCGCCAUCGUGACGCCCGAGCAGAGGAAGGUCCUCGAGGAGAACUACGGCCGGAAGGACAAGGCGGCCGAGGCGGCCGUCAAGAAGCUGUACGACGACCUGCAGCUGGAGCAGCGCUACAAGGACUACGAGGAGAAGAGGGUUGGCGAGAUCCGCGAGAUGAUCGCCAAGGUGGACGAGAGCGAGGGCCUGAAGAAGGAGGUCUUUGAGACCUUCCUGGCGAAGAUCUACAAGAGGAGCAAGUAAGCUCGCAGAACCUCCGUCAAGCUGCUCUUUUCGGCGAUGUAGGACGGGAGGAAAAGUCAAGUUCUAGAUAUGCGGCUAUGCUCAUAGAAUUUUUAAGGAGAUGACCUACGUAUGAUGGUCGUGACGAGUUAAUGGCACAACAAGAGAGAUAAUAUUACAUGACAAGGAACCCGGCAGGAGCCCACAGAGACCCGACAAUUAAAAGCCCCGUGCCGCGGUCAUAUCGACCUGACAUCAAGCUACCAGCCCCCUUCUCCACAGAAAAACAAACACGUAUAUCACGUAUAUCACGUAUGCAAGAAACCCACCCACCCCCUGAGCUCAUCA